UGGAGGGUGUCUGUCCACACUUCCUUCUCCGGAGCAGUAGCAACUUCUUGUCCGAAGGGUCUCCCGUAACCAGACGCGCCUGACAGUAUCUCGGCAAGUAUCCGGAAAGCUCUCCUGAAGGGGGCCUUGAAACUCACUCCAAAGCCGCUGCCUUUUGCCACCAGAAUUCCAGAACUUAUUAUUCCAAGAAUCAACAUCUUGUGGAUGCAGAACCUUUAAACUGAAGGCCCAGUUCUGUUGACACUGAAGUUGCUUCUGUGUGUGUGUGUGUGUGUGUGUGUGUGUGUGUGUGUGUGUGUUACUGGAAAUCAUUGACUGCUCAGAUGGAUCGCCUGGAAUUGCAGAAAGUCAACACAGAACUUGAUGAGGAGAGCAACAGCGGAGACAGCACUGAAGAUAAUGAUGCAGAUAUGGUUGAUCCAGAGAAGGCUACUAUUAGCAGCCACUUUGUUGGUGAUGAUGCAGAAAGCCAAAGGUUUCUUGCUAAUGGCUUCCUGGGUAAAAAGAAAAUGGAAAGUUAUACAGAUGAAUAUCAUCCAGGAAAUAUUUCAUUUGGUAUUUCGGCAUUUAAUUUAAGCAACGCCAUCAUGGGCAGUGGUAUCUUAGGGUUAUCCUAUGCCAUGGCCAACACUGGAAUUGUCCUUUUUAUAAUCUUACUCUUCAGUGUAGCACUAAUGUCACUCUAUUCAGUACACCUACUACUGAAGACAGCCAAAGAAGGAGGCUCGCUAAUAUAUGAAAAACUAGGUGAAAAGGCAUUCGGAUGGACUGGAAAAAUUGGUGCUUUUGUUUCUCUCACAAUGCAGAACAUUGGAGCAAUGUCAAGCUACCUCUUUAUUAUUAAGUAUGAACUGCCAGAAGUAAUCCGAGCAUUUUUAGGACUCGAAGAUAAUUGUGGAGAAUGGUAUCUGAAUGGCAACUAUCUUGUAAUAUUUGUGAGCAUUGGAAUUAUUCUCCCCCUUUCGCUACUAAAAAAUUUAGGUUAUCUUGGUUAUACAAGUGGAUUUUCGCUUACUUGUAUGGUAUUCUUUGUCAGUGUGGUAAUCUACAAGAAAUCCCAAAUAGCCUGUCCUCUCCCAGUCUUGGACAAUAAAGUUGGCAACUGGUCCUACAAUGAUACUGCCGUUCCACUACAUGUAGUGGUGUUACCAAAUGAUUCUGCUGAUUUGGAAUUAAAUUUGAUGAUGGACAGCACUAACAAACAAUAUUCUUCAGUUUUUGAAGAAACCAAAGCUAAGCUACAUCAAAGUGGAGUAGAAUAUGAAGCCCAUGGAGAAGACAAUGACAAAUGCCAAGCCAAGUAUUUUGUGUUUAACUCACGGACUGCCUAUACAAUACCAAUUCUGGCAUUUGCAUUUGUAUGCCAUCCGGAAGUAUUACCUAUAUACAGUGAACUUAAAAAUCGAUCUCGAAAACGGAUGCAAAAUGUUGCCAAUGUCUCCAUCAUGGGAAUGCUCAUCAUGUACCUGCUCGCUGCCCUUUUUGGCUAUCUUACUUUCUAUGGUAAAGUAGAAGAUGAGUUGCUUCAUACAUAUAGGAAGGUUUACACCUUUGACACUCUGCUCUUGAUGGUUCGUCUUGCAGUUCUUGUGGCUGUGACUCUCACUGUACCAAUAGUCCUAUUCCCAAUUCGUACAUCUCUUACCACACUCUUGUUCCCCAGAAGACCUUUCAGUUGGAUAAGACACUUCCUCAUUGCUAUUGUUAUUCUUAUAUUUAAUAACCUUUUAGUCAUUUUUGUCCCUACUAUUAAGGACAUCUUUGGAUUCAUAGGUGCCUCUGCUGCAACAAUGCUGAUUUUUAUUUUGCCUGCUGCUUUUUAUCUUCGGCUUGUCAAGAAAGAGCCUUUGAGGUCACCUCAAAAGAUUGGAGCCCUGAUUUUCCUCAUUGUUGGCAUAAUCUUUAUGUUUGGGAGCAUGACUCUAAUUCUCUUGGAUUGGAUUUACAACUCUUCACAUUCCAAUCAGCAUUAAUUUGGAAGGAAAUUGUUUGUUUUUCUUUGCCAUCAAAGUGGUUGAAUUUCAUUAGCCAUGUGCAAGCAAACAAACAGAAGACUUUUGACUAGAGAAGCGGACAUUACUUCUAGUCAAUGGCAAGAUUCCAAAGACUUGUUAAUAUCACUAGAUGGACCUAAGGUGGAUUAAAUCCCAGCUUUGGUGAAGGAUGGUUAUUUAUGCAUUAUCAUCUGUGCCCAUUUUUUUGGACCAGGACAUAAUAAAAUGUGAAUUGUGAAGAUGCCUGGA